UCAAUUGACCCGUGCGUAAGUAAACAUAAACACAUUUUAACUACAUCGUGCAUUCAAUCAAAGGGAUUCUGCACUGGGAUGAAGUUGUUUUACAUCCUCUGCAGCACAUUGCUUGUAGCACAUACAUUAGCUUUCAGAUAUGAUGAGUAUAAAUCGUUCAUAGAACAGCAGUCAAAGAAUGCAACGUUCGUAAAACUAUUUGACCAACAUGUUCGACGAUUCAAGGAAGCACAAUUGGAGUCAAAAGUAAAACUUGAAUUCCCAUGCCAACCAUUCCAGAAACCAAAAGAAGCCACAAAUGUCCACGAGCUUACACCAUAUGAUAUAAAGGCCAUUGGUGCUAUUGGAGACUCUAUAACGGCAGGUACAGGAAUUACGGCCGGAACUAUUAUUGGAGUUUUAAGAGAAGAUAGAGGACUUUCGUGGAGUGGCGGUGGAGAUGGUAAUGUCGAAGAAUACAUAACUUUACCAAAUAUGAUAAAGAGAUAUAAUCCAGAUCUGAAAGGAUAUGCUACAGGUUGGGGUCCGUACUGGUUUCCUAAUGCACAUCUUAAUGUUGCCAUACCCGGAAAAAAGGCGAGCGAUAUGCCAGACCAAGCCAGAAUGCUGGUAGAUAGAUUGAAGUCUGAAAAAGGUGUCGACUACCAAAAUGACUGGAAAGUAAUAACUCUAUUCAUCGGUGGCAACGAUUUAUGCGACUUCUGUGAAGAUAGGGAGGCUUACUCAGCAGAAAAUUAUAUUGGCUAUAUUAGGGAGGCAUUAGACAUUUUCCACGCUGAAGUUCCGAGAGCUUUUGUAAAUUUAGUAGAAGUUCUCAAUAUAGGAUUUGCAUCAACACUACGUGAGGGAUUCAUAUGCGAUACUAUCCAGCUCUUUGGUUGUCGCUGUGGUUCAUAUCCCGACGAAAAAGAGAAGGAGGAACUCCAGAUCUUUGUUGCUGCUUAUCAAAAAGUUACAAGGGACUUGGUUGCAUCUGGGAGAUACGAUACAAGGGACGAUUUUACUGUUGUCGAUCAACCAUUCUUUUCAGAAACGGAAGUACCAACAAAAGAGGAUGGAUCAACAGAUCUAAGUUAUUUCUCACCUGAUUGCUUUCACCUGAGUGAAAAAGGACAAGAAGCUGCUGCAUAUGCGUUGUGGGAUAAUAUGAUUGAACCAGUUGGACAAAAGAGAAUUUCAUGGAGACCUGGUGUACCUGUUGAAUGUCCAGAUGAGCAAGCACCGUAUUUCUAUACCAGAAAGAACAGUCCAAAACUGAAUCAACUGAAUAAGCAUGAAAACAUUCAAAAUGAUAAACAAGAAAAUCAACCAGAAAACGCAGAGAAAGGUUCGACGAUAAGGAACAGUGCCACUAUUACAGGAGCCGUAUUAGGAGUUAUAUGUCUGGUAGCCGCCGUUUGUGGUACUGUGUAUCAUUUAAGGAAAAGGAGACAAUCAUCAUCAUAUUUAAAAAUUUAGUGGUUAAUAGGUUGAUAAAUUAUAAUGAAACAUACUUUUUGUUUUUAUAAAACUGGUCCAUAUCUGUGAUACUUUAUGCUGAAUAUAAUUCUGCAUUAUUACCUAAUUGCAAGAAAUUACAAGUAUAAUUUUUUCAAAUAUUUUUGUUUAGUCUAAAUCAUAAUUAGUAAAGAAUUCAUUAAUUCAUAUUUCAUUUUCAAAAAGGGUAUAUGCUUUGUACAUUUUUAUAUUAAGGAUGAAAAUGUUAUAAAAGUUUACCUUGAUCAACUUACAAGUAAGUUUUAGAUCGAAAUAAAACCGAGUAUCAAAGUCUUUGACUACAUUAGCGUAGAAGAACCAUUAAUUUAAUAUUGCUUUAAAUAUAUGACUUAGUAUAUGAAAUAUCAUAUAAUGAAAUAUAUAUGCAUAUACAAUUAUUGAAGACUAUUGUGAGAUUUUGAAAGCAUCACACCAAAAUGAGAUUAAACAUUGUAUGUUGUUAUAUUCAAUAUUUACAAUUGUUAUGAACUUAUAGAAGUAUUUCCAAAAUAAAUUGAAUAAAGUAAUUAUAAAUGA